AUUGCUCGCUGUAAUGACUAGCUAAUUUCAGUGUUAAAGAUAGUGCGAUCAAAUAUGUGUUGUGAUUUGUGAUUCUACUGGAGUCAUUCCAGUAAUAAGUUUCGUGGAUUACGCGUUGUAAUGGUCUGGGGAGUUCAAUUUAAAAUUUAGUCUUAGAAAUUGUCGUAAUUGUACUCGUAUAAAAUAGUUAAAAUGAAUGUGAUAUUGUCUUUCAUGUUAGUUACAAGUGUUUCGCAGUUAGUAGUCGCAGAAUGGAAUACGAAAGACUAUAUGAAACGAGAACAUUCAUUGAUUAGACCGUACCAAGGGUCUGGAAUGACUGUUCCUUACUGGGACUUCUUUGGUAGUACAAUGGUAACAAAUAACUAUAUAAGAUUAACACCAGACUUACAAAGUAAACAAGGUGCCAUAUGGAAUUCUUACCCAUGCCAAGUAAGGAAUUGGGAGCUCCAGGUCCAUUUCAAAGUUCAUGGGAAAGGAACAGACUUAUUUGGUGACGGUUUUGUCAUCUGGUAUGCAAAGGAAAGAAUGCAAACAGGCCCUGUAUUCGGAAAUAAAGACUAUUUCCAAGGAUUAGCUAUCAUUUUAGAUACCUAUAGUAAUCACAAUGGCCCUCAUAAUCACCAACAUCCUUAUAUUUCUGCUAUGGUCAAUAACGGUUCUUUACAUUACGAUCACGACCGCGAUGGUACCCAUACCCAACUUGCAGGCUGUGAAGCAAAAUUUAGGAACUUAGAACAUGAUACUCAUAUUGCCAUACGAUACGAGAGAGAUACGUUAACCGUUUCCACAGACUUAGUGAACAAAGCUGCCUGGAAGGAAUGUAUCUCUGUAAAAGAUAUAAAACUUCCCACUGGCUAUUACUUUGGGCUAUCUGCGACGACGGGAGAUUUGUCAGAUAAUCACGAUAUAUUAUCGAUACGUUUGUUCGAGUUAGAUCUACCGGAUGACCCGAGAGAUCACGAAGAUAGAUCCAACAUUUUACCCUCGGCUGCGUUUUAUGAAGCUCCGCGAGAACACGUAGACGAUGUGAAGCAGUCUGCGGUAAGCAGAAUAAUGUUUUUCUUCCUAAUGCUCGUGGGUGUGCUCGCAAUCAUAGCCUGCGUGGUAGUAGCCAUUAUGUGGUAUCAAAAACAUCAGGAGAACAGUAGGAAACGGUUUUACUAAGUCGCGGUACGUUACGAACUGUUCUACUUUCCAAUUUAUCGUUUAUAUCGGAUGUUCUUUCUAUGAAAUAAGGUGUAGUUGUAAAGUGUUCAUAAGACUGUUUCUUUGGAUAUUAGUAUAGAAGAUAAUGGUUAAUUGUGUCAGUCACUAUUUCCGUUUCCGGAGAACUACUUUGGCAAAAUAUUUUCUACAGACUAAAUGAUCGGAAUAAUGUAUAAAUUGUUGCAGCAGUUAUAAGGCGUGUCGAAUUAUACUAUUACUACUCUGGCCCUAAUAAUGUUUGUCGCGCAUAGUACAGAGUUUCUUUACCAAAGUAUUCAUGCUUUUACGUUGCUGCAAUGAAACUUGUAGACUUAAGUUCAGUACAUGUAUAUUGUUGAAUUAUUCCGAUAAGUGUUUGCCAAUAGGCAAAUUAAUAAUCAGGAACUGAUUUAUCACGCAUAAACCCGCUCUCGUACGGAUCAGUUUAAAUCGAGAAACGCAACGGCGACCGCGACGAAUUAAUUCUAAGAGCAAGGAGUAGAUCUAUAAGUUAUUCCUAGUAAGUUUCGAACUUGCAAUAUUUAGCAAUACUUCAAUGAAAACAUCCACGCGUGGACAGGAUAUCCGAUUUGAGAAACGAAACUUUUUGAAAACGAUAAUCGAUUUCUAUGAGAGAACAUUCUGUCUCGUUUUGUCUUAUCACAUACAUGGAUCCGAUAUGAUUGAAAAAGACUUUAUUGAUGUAGAUUUUAUAUUUGUACAUAAACAAACGAAACGUUAUCAAUAUGGAAUAGUUGUAGAGUGAUUUCAUACUGUACAACUUUUUUUAUACAAAAACUAAGAUAAAGGGAACCAAAAUCUACGAAUAAACAAUUGUCUUGUUAAGAAACGUAAUGUUGUCAU